AUCCUCAGGUGGGGUUACUCCAGUGCGUCGAGGAUUCACAUUUUCCUUCCAAAUCCGCAAAUCUCCGUUUCCGCCACCAGUUCUUUACCUUCCCAACUCCUGCCCAAAUCUCUCUACUUAUUUCGUUCUCUAUUUCCACCUCUCACCCUUUAUCCUUUUGAUCCCAUCUCUCGCUAUCCCUGGCCUUUUCGUUCAGUCCCAAACAGCAGAUCCCUCACUAAUUUGUUUUCUCUUCCUGCUCUUCUUUCUCUUCUUCACAACUCUAUUUUCCAUCUUUUCCAUUCUCUCUCUUUCUUCCCCCAUUGCUUAUUCUGUUUCGUCCCCACUCUUUGCCCCAACCUCUCUCUUAUUUCUUGUGCCCUCACCUUCCCCUUCCUCUCCUCCCUCCAUCCUUCUUCCUUCAUUCUCCACUCCCUGUCACUCCCUCUCUUCACACCUUCCCCCUUCCUGCCUUCUCUCCUCACAUCCCACCACUUUCACUCUGUUCCCCCAAACUGUCUAACUCCGUCGCGCUGCCUCCGCCUAAUUCCGUUUCUAUCUCAUUCCCUCUCCUCCCAAUCCACUCCUCCUCCCUCUCCCUCCUCCAUCUCCCCUCUCUCACUCUUUCCCCGCAGCCCACCUGCUCUCUCACAGUCUGACCAAAUGUCCCCCAUAAUUUUGUAAUUUCUUAGGAGUGGAAUUCUCCUCCUUCCUGAUCGUUUCCUGGGCGACUCGAUCUCGGGAUCCAGUCCCCAGCGUGAUGCUGUGUUUAGUUCCAGGCCCGGUAAAAGCCGCACGCAGAAGCCCUUCUCUCUGAUGCCGUUAAAGGCAGCUUUGAACUCGUUGUCUGGGAACACGGAGCUCUCCCCGGGAUAGCAGUCUGCCUAAGCUCGUUCGCUAUUCCUCCUCUCCACCUCACCAACCCUUCACCCAUCCCCAACACCACCAUCCCACCCCACUCCCACUCCCGCCUCAUUCCGUCUGACCCCGCAACACUGCUGUCUCCAGACUGUCCUGGUGUUAGCCCCUUGUCCCGCUGGCCAGUUCCCAAGUGGAUUCGACUGGGGACUCGAGAGCAAGUCUAUCGUUGAGCAGCAAUGUGCCUACUGGAGAAGAGGCGUCUAGACCACUGGGUCUGAGGAUAAGAGGGAACCAGAAGGAAGAGAUGAUCAAUGGGAAACAGUGUCUGGUCAGGCAGCAGUCACCAUGUUGGCUUUGAGUACUGAUUGAUCAUCUGCCAGACACAGUAAACAGCUGGAAAAGACAGCCUGAAUCCUAAAUCGCAGAACAUUUUCACCGACACUGGUAUAAGCAGCUGGAAUUGUAACACCUGCAAUAUCAGCAGCAAAGACUGAAUCCUAACAUCUGGAUGAUUAAAGCUAAUGUUGGGGAGAAAAUAAAAUAACUGGAAACCAAACAUCUGGAAUACAUAAUCAAAAUUGAGAAAAUCAACCAAUAUCCUAACAUCCAGGUUAUCAACACUAAACUGAGGAGAAGCAGUUGGAAUGCAAAACGCAGCAUAUUAAUGUGAACAUUGGGGAAAACAACAGGAAUUUAAACUCUUGGAAUAUAUGCGCAGACUGAAAUAACCUUUUGUCUGAGCAAACUGUAUUGUGAUCUCUUGAAACAAUCCCAGAUAGAUUGAGGUCACUCCUUUCUAACAGACAACCCUGUGAGAAUGGUUACACCCUGAGUCAGGCUCAGACAUACUGAGAUUCCCUCCUUUCUAAAAAGGGUAUGGUUGGAGCAAUGCAUCUAUCUAGCCUGCUGCCCCUUCACACUCUCUAUGUGACCCUGUCUCUCUCUGCACAGCACUUCCCUUCCUGGGGUCACUAUGACCUGUGUAAGACCCGGGUCCACUGGGACCAAGGGAUGAGUUGGGAUUACAUGGCCUGCCAACCUGAGGCCACCUUGCUCACCAGGUUCCUUAAGAUCAGUCUGGAUCCCCCCAACAGCACGUGUGGAGAGACUCCUGAGAUGUACUGCACUCUGGAGAACCCAUACAUGUGCAACAAUGAGUGUGAUGCUCACACACCUGAGCUGGCCCACCCUCCUGAGCUGAUGCUGGAUGAUGAAGGCAGGCUUCCCACCAGCUUUUGGCAAAGUGUGUCCUGGAGGAGUUUCCCCAGGCCCCUGGUGGUCAACAUCACCCUGUCCUGGGGGAAGAGCAUUGAAUUGACCGAGGACAUCAUCAUCACCUUCGAGUCAGGCCGGCCGGAGCAGAUGGUCCUGGAGAAGUCUCUGGACCAUGGGCGGAGCUGGCAGCCCUACCAAUUCUACGCAGCUGACUGCCUCAACUCCUUCGGGAUGGAGCCGAGGAAGGCUCGGGAUCUGAGGCCGGCCUCGGUGCUGGACAUCAUCUGCACGGAGGAGUACUCCAGGGGCUAUGUGUGGAAGAUGGACAAGACGGUCCGCUUCGAGAUCCAGGAGCGCCUGGCCCUGUUCGGGGGGCCCCGCCUUGGGGACAUGGCCUCAUUGUACGGCCAACUGGACACCACCAAGGAACUGAGAGACUUCUUCACCCUGACCAACCUGCGGGUCAGGCUGCUGCGGCCGGCUACUGGACCCACCAGCGUCGACCCCAACAAUCUCUCCAAGUACUUCUACGCCAUCUCCAACUUGGACAUCCGUGGCCGGUGUAAAUGCAACCUUCACGCUAACAACUGUGUCACGAAGAAGGGAAAGCUAAGCUGUGAGUGUGAGCACAACACGACGGGGCCGGACUGCGGCCGAUGCAAGAAAGGUUUUCACGGCCGGAGGUGGAGGGCCGGAUCGUACCUACCGAUCCCCAAAGGGACAGCCAAUAUCUGUGUCCCUGACAAUGACAUCAGUGGCUGGGGAGUGUGUGAUAACCUGCUGACACGGUGUGAGAACGGAGGAGUGUGUGAGGAGAACGGGAGGUGCCGGUGCCCAGCUCCCUACGCCGGGCUCCUGUGUGAGAAAGUGCACUGCAGGAAGGGAGCGGGAGCCUGCGUCUCCCUAUCGGCCCGGGAGCCCUCCCUGCACCGGGCGCUGCUCUCGCUGACCGCGCUGCUCACUGCUGCCCGUGGCUGCCCACUGCUCUGAGCCGCUUCCAGCACCACCCGAAAGCUGAGGAGAGCGGCAGGACAAAUCCAGCGUUUACUGCGAUGCCAUUCAAACGUGCACCACCCCUCCCUCUGUCUCCUCCCACACCUCCGCAUCCCCGACAAAGGAUAACUACAAGUGAGGUCUGAACCCACCCAGUCACCCAGGCCGAUUGGAUCUCAGGAAGGAAUGGACAGUCGGUGGGGAACUGGACUCUCUGUGUCUCCUCACGGGACUCAGGCAGCUCCCCAUAAUUCAUUCUCUCAACUGUCAGCUGAGUAUUCCAUGUGCUACUUUCGGACAAAGAAAAGGGACUCAUAAUUUUACACAACCUUUCACCACCUCAGGACAUUUCUAAAGUGCAUUUAUAGACAUUGCAAGACCUCUGGAACAAACAGCAAUGUGACAGUGGCCAGAUAAUCUGCUUUUGGAUGUUGUUAGAAACAUAAAUAUUGGUCAAGAUUCCUGGGGUGAAUUCCCCAAUCCAUUGUUCUUAGAGUGACUGUGCAACAUUUCACACCCAGUUGAGAGGGCUUGCGGUGGGGCAGCACUCAUUUCCUUCAAUAUUCCUGCCUCUCUCUGUCUAUCUCUUUCUCCCUUACUCAGUUCUGUCCACCCCUUGCUCUUCCUUCUCCCUGAUUCCCUGUCUCUCCCUUGCUGUGGACUAUGCCUGCCUGGGAACAUAAGAAGGAAACUAUCCGGGAAAGACUGUGUUCAUGGGUUCUGCACCUCUUGAAACUUUUCCCAUGGCCUGGGGGAGGUGUUCUCUGGCCAAUUUGCACAUUCUGGGAGGUACUGAAAGGAUCUUCCCACAGGGUCACAUGGUGAGAAGGAAUUUAUUGACAAUUUUGACUUUCCAUACCUCUGAACAAGAGGGGUGAGUGAGUGCUGGAGCAGACAAUAUUAACCGAUCAUUGCUAUUUAUGGGAUUCUCGUUUUCUCAAACUAGCUGCUGUGUUUCCCACGUUAUAACAGCAAUUACACUUGUUAAGUACUUAAUGGCUUGUGAAACACUUCUCCAUCCACCGUCACGUUGUGCUGAGUCUAUUUUCCA